AUGGACGGGCCACCGAAACCACCUGGCCGCCUGGACUACUAUGAACUGCUCGGCGUGCAUGAGAGUGCGUCUUCUGCUGAAGUAGAUGCAGCAUACAAAAGGCUGCGACUCAUUCACCAUCCGGAUAGCAAGUUCGCCGACGCGAAACCCAGCACGGAACUGUUCCAGAACAUUGGUAUUGCGUGGAAGGCGCUGAAGAGCAGCAAGGAAAGGGCCAGAUACGACAAAGAUCACCACAAGAUACGGGGCGCUUGGAAUGUCUAUCGCGUGCGAUUGGGGGCUUGGGAAGCCACUGAACGAGAAAAUAAACGCGGCCAGGCAAGAGUUCAAGAGAGACAGCGAAAGAUACUCGAAGAGGAGGCCGAGCUUGAAAGGGAGAAGGCGAGGAAAAUCCAGGAGAAAGCUGUUGAGGCGGCAUUACUACGUUCAGAACGUAUCAAAGCAGACAAAUUACGGCAGGAGGAAGUCAAGCGGCGAGAGGAGGGAGUACGGCGCGUACAAGAGCAACUACAAGAGGAACGAAGACGACAAGGACUGGCGCGAGCUAAGGAAGAGGCGCGAGUUAAAGCUGACUGGGAAAAAGCCCAGAAACGAAGGGACUCCGCUAAGGACCAUGGUGAACCACAGGAUGAAUUACCCCGACCAAGCGAAAUCGACGACGAGCAAUCCCCAGAACCGAACCAGGAAGGAAGUCAAAAACAUGAACGGCUUGCCAGAAAGCAACGCGAAGCCGACGAGAGGCAGGCCAAGGUUUUUGCUGACGCUCAGAAGCGAAAUGCUGAGGCUGCUGAAGAGCGACUUCGUCGUCAACAAGAGCUCUCUAUGUCGCUGAAGCGGCCAGUCCCCGGUGAUAGGGAGGAUGCGCAAGACGAAACGGCCCCUAAAAAGCCUAAACUCGAGGAGUCCAUGACAUCAGGCCUCCGAAAGCACAUGGCCCACUCCAAGAAGUAG